UACCAUUUGAAAUAUAUUUUUAAUGAAAAUAUCUUAAAAGCCACAACAAGUGACACAGAACUGUCGGACCAAAAUAAAAAAAACCCUUAAAUCUCGUAAACAAGCCGAAGCAGACGCCGACGCCGACGCGGCUCACGCGCUCCGUCACCGACAGCAUCUCCCUUGAAGUAGUAGUCCCACAAUUUAUAUAUUCUAAUUGCAUUUCAUUUGUGAUUUCUGCGGAUUUCGAUUCCAGCGAUAUAUAUAAAAACAUUUCGAGGUCUAUAUAUAUAUAUAAAAAAGAACAGAUCGUUGACUAUGAGCUCAGACACAUGCGGCGGAGGGUCGCCGGCACAGGGAUCUAAUGAGAAAGGUAGCUCGACAUCGUCGGUGGACAAGCAAAGGGAGAAGGCGAGGGUGAGUAGGACUUCGCUGAUCCUAUGGCAUGCUCAUCAGAACGAUGCCGCCGCUGUCCGUAAGCUUCUCGAGGAGGAUCGCUCUUUGGUUCAGGCUAGGGACUAUGACAACCGUACUCCUCUCCACGUUGCUUCGCUCCACGGUUGGAUCGACGUUGCCAAGUGUCUCAUCGAUUAUGGCGCCGAUGUCAACGCCCAAGAUCGGUGGAAGAAUACGCCUUUAGCUGAUGCAGAAGGAGCUAAGAAGCAUAAUAUGAUUGAGUUAUUGAAAUCACAUGGAGGAUUAUCUUAUGGCCAAAAUGGAAGCCAUUUUGAAUCAAAGCCUGUUCCACCCCCUCUACCAAACAAGUGUGACUGGGAAAUUGACCCUUCUGAGCUGGACUUCUCAAAUUCCAAUAUCAUAGGGAAGGGUUCAUUUGGUGAAAUUUUAAAAGCCAGUUGGCGAGGAACACCUGUAGCUGUCAAACGCAUUCUUCCAUCACUUUCAGAUGACAGAUUAGUGAUUCAGGAUUUCCGGCAUGAAGUGAAGUUGCUUGUAAAGCUCCGCCAUCCUAAUAUUGUUCAAUUUCUCGGAGCUGUCACUGACAGGAAGCCUCUUAUGUUAAUUACUGAGUAUUUAAGGGGGGGUGAUCUUCAUCAGCAUCUCAAGGAAAAGGGUGCACUUCAUCCAUCAACUGCCAUCAACUUUGCUUUGGACAUCGCUAGGGGUAUGGCUUAUCUUCACACUGAGCCAAAUGUGAUUAUUCAUCGGGACCUAAAACCGAGGAAUGUGCUUUUGGUCAACUCUAGUGCAGACCAUUUGAAAGUCGGAGACUUUGGACUGAGCAAGCUAAUCAAAGUUCAAAAUUCUCAUGAUGUCUACAAAAUGACUGGCGAGACAGGGAGCUAUCGUUAUAUGGCUCCUGAAGUUUUCAAGCACCGGAAAUAUGAUAAAAAGGUUGAUGUUUUCUCCUUUGCGAUGAUACUUUAUCAGAUGCUUGAAGGAGAUCCACCUUUGUCAAAUUAUGAACCUUAUGAAGCAGCUAAGUAUGUUGCAGACGGACACCGUCCUAUUUUUCGGUCAAAAUCAUACCUCCCUGAACUAAGAGACUUAACAAGCCAGUGUUGGGCUGCUGACAUGAGCCAAAGACCUUCAUUCUUGGAUAUUCUCAAGAGGCUGGAAAAGAUCAAGGAAAAUGUACCUUCAGAUCAUACUUGGAAUAUAUUCAGCACAUGACAUUGGAAGAUUCCAUGAAACUAAUACGGAUGGUAUACAUCCCCUUUCAUCCGCUCACAUCCAGCUUGGCCAUUCCUGCAGAUGGUAUUGUGAAUACACUCAGUAAGUAGUUUUGUGAUGAUAGAUUUUUUCCUUGACCGGAUUUCGUCUAUUUGUUCCGGAAUUCAACCAUGAACUAGGUGUGUCUUUAUUUCGACUAUUACUUCUCACUUGGAUUGGAAUUAUAUAAAAAUGUUUACUCAUCUUGCAGAGAUUUAUUUUUCAACCUUCAAUUGUAAUUCCUUAUAAUCAAUAUUGAUUAUAAGAAGUAAUAAUAGACAAUAAAAUCCUACGAUGUAUUGUCUGUAUGAAAA